UACUUGAAAUUUUCGCAAUAUAAUUCUGUAUGAUUGAUUAAUUUCUCUGUCCAUAUGGUACAACACAAUAUAGAUAUUGCUUUGGAUUUAGUCAAGUGUUGUCCAAGUUUGGUUGUUGCUAAAGACAGAAAUGGUUACUCCCCUUUUUAUGCACUGGCUUGUAUGCCUGAUUAUUUCCUAAGUGGAAAUCGGCUCGUAUUUUGGAAACGAUGGAUCUAUUCCGGUAUUCAUAUUCAAUCGGGUGGUCCCAUCAAUGAUAUUCGUUUGAACAUUCAAAAACCUGCGAGAAACAGAAACCAAAGCAAUGGUAAAGAAAUUAUUGGAUCAGGGAUAUAUUCAUUGAGCCAGCUAGUUUCAAAACUCCAAACUCUCUUGGGAAUCGAGCAUCUAUAUGAAAUGAAGUUGGCCUAUUUCCUAUCCCGUGAACUCCUCAGUCAAAUGAAGGACCAGAUAUUGAUUUCAAAUACUCAACAAAGAACGACUGGUGCGGUUUAUGACGCCAUCCUCCGUGCAAUCAAGGAAGGGAUUUUUGAGUUUGUUUUUGAUAUUGUGAAAGCGGAUCCACAACUUGUGUGGAGCAAGGAUGAAAAAUCCACCAGCAUUUUUUCGGUUGCAGUCCAAUAUCGUCAUGCCAAAAUCUUUAGCCUUAUCUAUGGUCUUGAUAUUAAAAGCACUUUGACAAGUUCUGCAGAUGUCUUCUACAGCAAUAACUUAUUACAUAUGGCAGGGAUGUUAGCACCUUCUACUUCACUUAAUGACAUCCCAGGUGCAGCUUUGCAGAUGCAAAGAGAACUACAAUGGUUUAAGGAGGUGGAGAGCAUUGUCCCUCCCAGGGUUCAUGUAAAAAUAAACAAAGAGAGUUUGACUCCCCGAGAAUUAUUUACAAAGAACCACAAGGACAUGAGGAAAGACGGAGAGCAAUGGAUGAAGGGCACAGCAUCUUCUUGUACUGUGGUGGGUGCUCUCAUUGUUACCAUUAUGUUUGCUGCAGUAUUUACCGUUCCAGGUGGUAGCGACCGAACUAAAGGCUUCCCAAUCUUCUUAAAUGAAAAAUUGUUUAUGGUCUUUAUAGUAUCCGAUGUCCUCUCACUCUUUUCUUCCUCAACUUCAGUCUUGAUGUUUUUGGGAAUCCUCACAUCUCGUUAUGCAGAAGAUGAUUUUCUUGAGUCCUUGCCUAGAAAGAUGAUAAUAGGCCUUUCUACCCUUUUCUUCUCUAUUGCAGCCAUGAUGACAGCCUUUUCUGCUGCUCUCUUUCUUAUGCUACAUGAACAAUCAUGGAUUUUCAAACCUGUUAUUUGCUUGGCUAGUAUUCCUAUCACCCUCUUUGUAUUGAUGCAAUUCCCUCUUCUUGUUGCCAUGGCCAAUUCAACUUACGGACCUAGCAUCUUUCAUAGGAAAAUGAAGCGUUGGUUUUAACAUAUUCAUCAAUUGUGCCAUAUGAUGUACUGAUGUCCUGUUAAUAAUUGGCAUAUACCAACCAAAGAUGAAGUUUUUCUUUCAUUUUUCUUUUUUUCUUGGAAGGUAACUGUUGAUGUUUAGCUCCAAUUGCAUAACUUUUUUAUUUUUUUGGUUUUGGACAUAUUAUAAGUCCAUUAUAUAAAUCAUGCAUCUAUGUUGCUAUUCUUUGACAUUUAUUCUUUUAGUUACUUUGGGGAAGGAUAGAAUAAUGCCUAAUAUUUCAAUAGAUUACCCCCUCAACAUUAGGACUUUACCUAGGUUACAAGGUUAUCAAUGUCCAUCA